AUUAGUUAAGUAAGUUUUUUAACAAAAUUGUAAUGAUUUCAAAAGUAUUAUCUUACAUAUAUAGUAACAUAAACAGUAUUAAAAGAAGAAAGUCAAACCUUCUGUUAUACCUCUUAGCUAUUAAGGGGAAUGGAAUUGAAUUAAUAAGAUUUCGAAGAAUUUGAUCUUGUAAAAGGUAUGGCAGAUGAUGAAAAUCAAUUUACUGCUUUAAAAGCACUUAUAAAAGAAUCGAAGUAUUUUGAUGCCAAUGACAACUUACUUCAUGCAAUACUUCAAAGGGGGCUAGAUGGACUUAAUGAAUUUCAAGAAGACAUGGGGAAAAAAAACUUUGAUAAUUUGAAAUCAUCACUUAGCAAACUUCUAGAUUCCCAAACCAAUAGUAUGACAGAAUAUAAAAAGAAAAUGACUUCUUUAAAAGCACUUAUUAAAGAAUCAAAGUAUUUUGAUGAUAAUGAAUACUUACUAAAUGCAAUACUUGAAAAGGGUUUAAAAGGACUUGAUGAUUUUGAAGAAGACAUGGGCAAAACAAAUUUUGAAAAUUUAAAGUCAUCAGUUAGCAGACUACUGUGUUCUAAUAGCAAUUGUAUUUCAUUAAAAAUAGUUAAAAAACAUGAACAAUCAGUGGAAGAUAUUACUCUCAGUAGCAUCAAAGUCAGGUGUAAUCAACAGUUAAAUAUCCAUCAAAUUUUUAAAAAUCAAUUUGAAAUAUUGAACGUGCCAAAAAAUCUUACCACACAAAUACAAGAAAAAAUUUCUUCCGUAAUGUUUGACAUAAUUAAAAAUAAUAAUGGGGAUUUAGAGGAACAAGACAUACUUGAUAUGUUUUACAAACCACUUAGCUUCAAUGAUAUUAAAGAUUUUAAAAACAUUAGGUCGUGUUUUGAAAAACUUUGGAAACCACUCAUAAUCAAUGAAAAGUUUAAAACAGAUUUACUAAAUCGAAUUAUACUUUCUUGUUCAAAAGCUUUACAAAAAUUCAAAAAUAACAUGUCAGAAGAAUUGUUUGAAAAGUUUAUGAAUCUAAUCAACGACACACAAACUAAUUCAAUUCAAUCUUGUGAAGGAAAAGCUGGCGGAGACUUCUCAUCUUUGGACGCGGAUAAAAUCAACUCGCAACAAUGCUCACAGAGCUAUUGUAGAGAAAUUAUAAAAGAGUUAGAAAAACAAAAAGAACAAUUAAAAAUGAUGCCUGACUGUUUAGAAAAGCGAAUUUUAAAGUUGAUAUAUUUGAUUAAAUUGAAAGUUUUACGCAAUAACAACAUUACGCAUUUUUUGAUGGAAGAGAAAGAACCAAUGAAUUUUGACUGUGAUAUAUUGUCUAUAAAUGAUAUGCUUUUAAUUGAGGGAACCAAUUUAAAAAAUAAAACAUCAGAGUGUUGGAUUAAAGCAAAAAGUUUAAUUAAAGAAGGUGACUUUAUAUCAGCUAUAGAAUGUCUCCAGGUUAUGUUUAAACAAAUUCAACCACUUAACAUUAGAGAAAUGAUUUUUCUACUGAAAGAAUCUCAAAAAACUUAUGGUUUGAUUGAAAAUCAAGAUAUUAUAUUGUUAUUAGGGAUGACUGGGUCUGGUAAAACAGCAUGUGUUCAUUUUUUUUCAGGUUCUAAAAUGAUUAAAUACAAAAAUGAAAUUGGACCUGGUGUGUUUGUUGAUCAUAUUGCCGCAGAAGAGCCAAUACAAAAUGAUUUAUCAAAAUUUGUAAUAAGUUGCCAAGCAUGUUCUGAAACUAAGCAUAUAAAUCCAAUUCAAAUUAACUUGAAAGAUGUUAAUGGCAAUUUUAUUACACUUUGCGAUUCACCUGGAUUUAGUGAUACUACUGGUCCUGAAGUGGAUAUAGUCAAUAGUAUUAAUACCACUGAGGUGAUCAGUAACUGCAAAAGUGUUCGACCUGUCAUUUUAAUGAGUUGUGAAAAUCAAGGUGGUCGUAGUGAAGGUAUUGUUGAAAUGGUAGGUAUGAUUCAGGGUAUGAUGAUGAAUAUUAAAGACCACUUGCCCGCGUUUACUUAUUUGUUUACAAAAUAUCCUGAUGCUGAUGUGCACUCCAAACUCUAUAACAUAUCAAUAAACAUUGAUAAGCAUCGUUAUGCUAUGUCUAAGUAUGAAUACAGUGAAUACAAAUCAUUCAAACUUGUUCUUGAUGAUAUGUUAACAAAAACUAAAAGCUAUGGAAAACCACUAGACCUCAUUAAUGAUAAGCCUCUAGAUAUUUUGAGAAAAAUUUUAAGCACACCGUGUAUUAAUAACCCAAGGCAAGUUUUUAAGUACACAAUAAAUGAACAAUCAAAAAACGCAUUAUACAAGCAAGUUUAUUAUAAUAUAUCUGCAAUAAAAUGUGCUGUUAUGAAUAAUAAAUACACUUUGGUAAUUUAUAAGAUCGAUGAACUGAUAUUUUUGUGUGAUACUCUAAGAUUGAACGAUCUAAAGGAAAUUUUGAAGGAAACUAUUGAAUUUGUACGCGCUCAUAUACAGAAAUUUUACGAUGAUGCCAUGGAAAAACUGAACAGUUGCUUGGAUAACAACAAUAAAGUCACUUAUGGUGAUCUGGCCUUUUACUUUUCCGAAAUUGAAAAAUUUAAAUGUUUAAAUGAUUUUAAACAUGUAGAGCAGUUAGAAAGCAUAAGUGAACUAAGUAAUGCAUUACUUCAAAACUUGCAUUUAAAAUGUAAAGAAGAAUUAGAAAAAUUUAAAUCACUUGGCAUAUAUGAAAAUGACGACUUAAAAUUAAUUUUAAACAAUUUGAAAAUAAUGAGCGAAAUGUGUAACAAUGACUACUAUAGCAAUGCGUGUCAGUUUAUACAUAAUCAGGUUAAACAGAUCAAAGCCAAUUUUGAAAGCAGCCUGGAUAUAAAUGACUUUAAUACUUCUGCAAAACAACUUUUGCUCUUUAAGAACAUGUUUAUGAAGUUUAGUGGUUACAAAGGUUUGGAAAUGCUAGUUACUACAAACAAAACUGUUAAAUAUCUAGUUACAUUAAAACUGAAAAAUUUGUCAGAAAGUUGUGAUAACUUAUUUGCUCAAAAAGGUUUAACCGAUCAAGAUUUCUCUUGUAUAAACAAUUCCCUCCAAAAUCUUAAGAAUGCUAAAGACAAUAAACUUUUGUGUAGACUUUUUUCCAAAAAAGAAAUAGAAAAAUACUACAAAGUUUUUUUAAUCAAAAUAGUUCAAUUUUUUGAGAACUUGAAUAAUGAAAUCAAAAAUUUUUUAGAAAAGCAAAAAUUCAAAGAAAUGGAACAAAUCUACAAGCAAAUACAAUUAGUACGCCAAAUUCAGUAUGUUAAGCAAAACACUACUAGCUUGUACCACUCAACAGUUGAAAAAAUUAAAAUUUCUGUGCAGAAAUUGUUUGAUGACACAAAAAAACUCUUAGAAAACAUGAACAAUGGUAUUAUUGACUAUAAUAUCUUAUUUUCUAAUCUUAACUAUCUUAAAGAUGCAAUGUGGAUAAAUGUAAAUAAAUAUGAAAGUUACGAAGAUGUCAUACAAGUUGUUCAAAGCAAAUUAACCAGCAAAGCGCAUAACCUAUAUGAAAUCAUAUAUACAACCAAUUUGGAACUUUCUAACUAUUCAAAUCUAGAAAAAAUUGACAAAGUGCUGCAGCAGUUGAAUGAGUUGAAACAAUUUCAAAAUAUUGUUCCAGCAUUCCAAACAGAAUGUGAUCAAGCGUUCAAACAUGUUGAAAAUCUGGUUGAAGAAAGUCUUGCUGAAAUCAAGAGGAUAUUUUAUUUGGAAAAACAUAGCGUGAAAAAGAAAAAAAUCAAGCUGAUGGGUUUUAAAAUAGAACGUCUAAUAAAGCAGUCAAACCUCUUACAAUUAGGGCUCGGUUCAAUAGAAAAAACGGAGGAGGAAAUUAUAAAAAUCAUAAAGAGUAUUAUUGACAUCAGCAAAAAUAUUGAACAACUCAAAAUUGAACAAGAACCGUAUGCAAGUGUUCUAAGUGAAAUCAAUCCCAAGGACAAUAAACCUAUUAAAUUAAAAAAACUUCAAACGUCAAAUAAUAUCCAAAGCAUCGACGAACUUUAUAGUAAGUAUAAUGAAAAUAAAAGUAAAAUAAGCAACGCAGAAAUUAACAUUGAUCAAAAUAAGCAUCAAAAUGAUGAUCUUGAGAUAAUUAAAUUAAAGAUUAAUGAAAUAUUAAGUAGAGGUCUAGCAUUUGAGGAACUUAAUGAAUAUAUUACAAAAUCAAAGCACUAUAAUACUACAAGUUUAAACAGCAAAAUCACAGAGCUUGAAAAAAAAAUUAAUUUUGCCGAACUAAAUGGUCUUGAGUUCAUUUUUAAAAGCAUUCUUUACACAACAGCAGAGAAUGUAUUAAACUAUUUAGACUUGUGUCUUUCAUUAAAACAUUUUAACAAGGAAGUAACUAGUUAUAAAAAAGAAGUUGAAACAUUUUUAAUCAAGUACAAAGAGUUUAUUAUAUUUGAAAUGAAUAUUUUCCUGAAACAAAUACAGUCGCUAACUGCGGCUAACUCUUUUUUAGCACAUAACUUAGCACAGAAAAUUAAGUUUCAACUUGAUGAAUGCGUCACAAUACAAAAUUUUAAACUGUUAAACAAAUUAAUGCAAUGUCAGCGCAUUAAAAAAGAUAUGACUGAUAAAUUGUUAAAAUAUCAUACAAGUUUAAAUCAACCUGGUGAUGAAAAUUUAAAAACUGAAAUGUUUCAAGCUUUUAUUCAAUUUGAAAAAUAUUCUGAAAAUGUCAGUUAUUGUCAAUUUUAUAAUGAUUAUUUAAAAAACAAAGAAAUAGAGUUUAAUGAUUUUGAAAAAAAAAUCUUAAAGUUUAUUGAAAAUUAUAAAUAUGUUAUGGCAGCUAUGAAACUUAAAGAAAUUGAUGAAAAAGUUUUAAAACCUAAUACAGUUAAUAAUAUAAAACUUAACUUGUCUAAAUCAAUAAAUAACGUAAUAAAUACAACUAAACAGUAUUUAAAAACAAUAGAAAAUAAUUUAGAUGAAAAAGAAUUUAAAUACAUAGCAAAACAGUUAUUAAUAUUGAACAAUGCUAAAAUGCAUUUGUACAACGACCAUUCACUUCAAGAAAAAUAUAAAUUAAAUAGCUAUAUUGAUGAAAAGACAGAUCUUAUCAAUACUUUCAAAUUUAUUGAAAAUGAAGUAAAUAGAAAAGUAAAAAAAUAUGCAGAAAGCAUAAACUUAAGCAUUAUCAACGAUGAUUUUUAUGAAGCCGAACUUAAGAUCAAUCAUUUAAAGUCAAUUUGUAAAUUGCUUACCAACUAUUGCAAUAUUGAUGAAAUAAAUUCUGUUAUACAAACAACGCAAAAAAACAUUGAAGACAGAUUAGAUUUAGUAACAGAAAAGUAUGAAAAUUUGCAGAUGAAUGACUUUUUCCAGAAUAUACCAAAAAAAAUAAUAAAUAAGAUAGAUAAAUUUGUAAAGCUUAAAAACGACAAAAAAUACGAAGAAUCAUUGAGUAAAUUUAAAAAGACUAUUGCAAACAAAAUUAUCCAAGCUCUUUGCAAAAUUAAAGAAGUAAGACUAGGUGAGCGUAGCGUUAUGAUGGAACAUAUAAAAUCUAUUCUUACCUUGAUGCCUACCGAUAUAGAAAUUUAUUUGAAAUCAGAGUGGCAGAAAGUUCAAAAUGAUAUCAACCAAGAAUACGAAGAAUUUAAGAAUGAAUGCAACCAAAUUAAAUAUACGUCUGAUGUAAACUUAAUUAAUAAACUCUUGAAAAAAUGCAAACGCAAUGGUUUAAAUAGUUUUAUUGGUUCAAUACAAAGCACUAUAAUUACUCAGUUUAACGAAUGUAAUCAUAAUUUAUCAAAAUAUCUGGAAGAAAAUGAUGUCGGCAAUGGGUUGCUAGAAUUUAGAAAAUGUUUGCAAUACAUGCAAAUAUUUGGAAAGAAACUAGUUGAGCUAAACAAUAUUUUUAGAACAAUGGAAAGUAGUUUAAGAGAUAAAUUUAACAACAUAUGUUUGACUUUAUCUGACAUUUCAAGUAACAGUGAAGUUGAAUAUACAAUCACUUGUUUUAAUAAUUUAAAUCUUUUUAUCAAACUUAAAACUGAAUAUCAGAACAUGUCUAGUCUAAGCAACUUGAUCAACUAUGCAGUAAAUGGGCAGGUCAGACCUUAUGAAAACAUAGCUGAUUUUUUUAUCAAAAUUCAAUUAAACUGUCAAAAUUCUCUCAAGGAACUAAACAUUACAAAAAUAAAUGAAUCAAUGAAUGCUUCUAAAAAAUGGAACAACCUUUUAGUUUCUGCAAAAAAAUACUACCGUAAAAACGCAGACACAGAAAAAAUUUCUGAGAUUCUGCCAAAAAUUGAGAGUUGUGUUCUUUACGAUGAAUGGGUUAAAACCUUUUCAACUAUACUUAAAACUUACAAGGUCGAAAUUUUUAAUUUCAAACUUGUCAAAAGUUAUAAAAUAGAUCAAGAACAUUUUUACAGUGAUUUUGUUAAAUCAGUUUCAUUUUUACAUCACUCAAAAAAACUGAGCAUUCAUAUAGACGAUAGUAUAUUUAAGCCAAGUUCAUAUGAAAAUGAAAUAUUUCCAAUUUUAAACAAUUAUUUUCAAAAAGUUGUUGAGUCAACCAAAAAUUUUUUUUGUGAGGAUAACUCUGAUAAAACUAAGCAAGAGUUUGACAUAUUUCGGUUUAACUUAAAAAAUAUUAAAUUAUUUGAAACACACUUUAAGUCUGUAGGAAUAAACUUUAAUUUGUCAUCUGUUGAAAAUGAAAUUGUAGAAAAGUUAAAGCAAACUUUAAACUACUAUUUUGAGAUGAUUGAUAAAGCUGAUAGUGAUAUUUGUAAAAAAGCAAAGUGGCUAAUAAAAAUAAAAACGUUCGCCAUUAAUUUACCUGAGUAUACCGAAUAUAUAAACAAUAGAUUAAAUACCUUUUUUAAAGAUUACUACAAAAAAAAGAAAGACCGCAAAACAGAAUUACCAAAGUUGGCUAUAGCUUUGGAACAAGAUCCAAAUAACGUAGGUUUUAACAUUAUAUCAGAGCAUUCCGUUUUUAAAGGAAAAAUUGUAUCAAAUUUUAACAAAAAUGCUAAUCGUACUAUAGAUUAUGUUUUAAAUGCACUUCAAGGAAACUAUAUAAACGAUGAAAGUAUUCAACAGCUUCGAGGUUUUUAUGAUGUAUUCUCUAAUGAUUAUACGGAUGUAGUAAAGGAAUACCUUAAUCAAAAGGGUAAUAAAAAUGGGUUUAACAAACUAAUAAAGUUAAUAAAAUUAGACGGAGAAAAAGUUUUUAGAAAUAUAUUUGAAAGAAAAGGUUGGAAAAAAAAUCAUAAAAAAAAGUUAUGUCAACUUGUAGCAAAAAUAUUUGCGUUGUGGACAUUACAAAACACUGAGUAUUAUAAUGAAUUGGAUGGUCUUGAAAAGUGUAAAUCAUACUUAAUGAAACCGCACCCAAGUCAGGUUAUUUCUGUUUUUUGUAUAUUAGGACUUGACAUCAUUGAAGGCACUUAUACGAUCAAUAAAGUGUUUCAAAACAGUUUGGUGCAAGUCGGAACAGGUGAAGGAAAGUCAUUAAUUCUUGCAGUUGUAUCCUGUGUUUUAAGUCUUAUUGGUUUCGAUGUGAGCUGUGCUUGCUACAGUAAUUGUUUAAGCUCUCGUGACUACAAAUCUUUCUUUAAACUGUUUUCCUCUCUUAGUUUAACAAGUCAUAUUAAAUAUGCAACCUUUUUUUCCAUAUGCGAAGAUAUUAUGAAUCAAAACUUUAACAUUCGCAAGCAUGUUUCUGAUUUAGUUUUUAAUAAACUAAAUACAAAAGUUUGUUCACAAAAAAAAAAGGCAAGACCUGACAUAUUGUUAAUUGACGAAGUAGAUGUUUUUUUUAACAAAACUUUUUACGGUCAGUUAUAUAAUCAAGUGGUGACAAUCAAGCAUUCUUCCAUUAAUGAUCUGACCAGCUAUAUUUGGUCUGAGAGAUAUAAAAGGCCGACGCUUGAACAAGUUAAGUUGACAACCGAGUAUCAAAAAUGCUGCAAAUUUUUUGAAGGCUGGGAAUUUAUAGUUACAGAAGCUGUAAAGCAAAUGCUAUUUGAUGUCAUAAAUUUUAAGGUAAAGAUGGCUCUUACAGUAUGGUAUUGCGAGAGAGCGAUUUAAAGUAUUUUCUGGGUGCUGAUUAUUCAAGUAUAAUUAAAAACCAAGAAAAUAUCUACGAAUGUUUGAAUUUAAAGCGAAAUAAGCUUUUUGAUACUACGUACCUAAAUAUAGCCACUAAAGUUAAGGAGGCAAAGAAAGUUCACAAAAUGGGAGAGGAUUUUGUUAAAAACCUGAAAAACUUAAAAUUAAAAAAAAUAAAAGCCUAUCUUAUGGAAAAAAACACAGUUUGAAGGUAAUUGAAAUAGUAGUGUAAAAAACAGUAGAUGAAAAAAAUUUAAAUUAUUUAAAUAUGAAAUCGAUAUGAUUGCGAAGUCUAAAUGAUUGCGAAGUCAAUAUGAUUGCGGAGUAGUGCUGGUACCUUAUACCAUUAAAACAAAUUAUCUUCAUGUUUUUAAAAAAUUUACACUGAAAUUUGACUGAUGAAGAAGGUUGUUAAACACUGAUUCGCUGUAUGAAGCAAACAUUUUUACUUAGCAAAGUACUUACAUAUUGGUCGAAUUACUGAAAAAAUGACAUACUGGUACCAAAGAAAAUAAGUUUUAUGAUGUAGUUUAUAAGUUUUAUUAAUAUACAUGAUGUUUUUUGAAUAUUUAAUUUAAUAAACAAUUUGAUAUUUUAUCUUUAUUAGUUUAUGUAUUUGGAAACAGUAUUCAUAUCUUCCUGUUAAGCUUAGCUUAAGCUUAAAGGAAAAUUUCAUUUAAACUUUAAAUGAAGAAACAUUUUAAUAAUUAGAAGAAAACAAAUAUCAAAA